CAAUGCGCUCCCAUCACCGCCAGAAAAUAUUCCAAAUAUUUUAACUGCAAGCACAGAGAUGAGGGGAGACAGAUAGCGGAGUGCGGAGGGAGUGAAAAGCGAGAGGUGCAAGUGAGCUAACAAGCUAACUAGCUAUAGACAGUGAAUGGGGGCAUAUUAGAUGUGACAGUGGAGAAUGGAGAGGACACCGUACGCUCGGCGAGUUUUGUCCACAGAAAUGGUACUCAAACUCGGUCUCUACCGACCAGGGGGCUUGUGCUGAAACUGGAGAAACACCGGGUGGAAAGUAAGGAAUGGCUGAUCCUCUGCGGAGGACUUUACUAGCAAAACUUCGGGGGAAGAAAUCCAAGAAUGGGACACCGGUUGGUGGAUACGGAGCUGCAGCUAAUGGGGGCAGAGAAGCUCUGAUAGAAAAUGACCACUCCACCUUCUCCAACGGCCUUGAUGUGGACGGUGGCAAGGCUGUCGAGACGUCGCUAUGGAGACCCCCGCUCAACACCAUCACCGUCUCCAAGAAACGUAACUGGCUCCAGCAGAGCUCUGGGAGGCCGCGUCACGCCACGGACGAACCCCAGUACCUUCUGGGAGCAGAGGAAUACAAUGGACAUGGAAAAGCUCCACUCCCCCCUCUUAGCCCCUCCCCAGAGAACCCAAACCCUCCCGGGCCAACCCUAUUCCACCUACACCUGCCCCUCGUUAGAAUGGGCCACGCCUGUGUAGCGCGUUCCAGGUGUGUGGAACCGACUGAGGAGAAUGAUGCGGACGAUGAGGGGGAGAUCUGGUACAACCCCAUCCCUGAGGAUGAGGAACCAGCGCUGCAUCACAGCCACAGACCCACUCCCACCCCCCAGGUCAGGCUGAUGGUCCAGACACGGCCCCAGGAUCCUCACGUCCCCCAGACCCAGAGGAGGCCCAGCAGGGGAGAGGAGGUUGGGGUCAGGCGGGCCCUGGAGGGAUGCAGCCCUAACCUGGAGGGUGUGGGGGAGAGCAUGGGUUGCGGAGGUGGAGAGCGGAGUCAGCAGGGGAUUGCCAUGCGUUGCAUGGGGCCGUCUCUACAUCUGCAAAGACAGAUGCUGCUCGCGUGCAAACCUCAGGAGUGGCCAACCAUUUCCAGCAGAGCCACAGCUACAGCAGAAGCCCCUGACCUGGCCAUCCCUGACUUCCCGCCGCCCUCAGGCCUCAACCCUGCCAAAAAGGGAAGCUCCCUCAACUGGUCAUUCCCGGACAGGAUCAAGUCUCCACGCACUGUCAGGAAACUCUCCAUGAAGAUGAAGAAGCUUCCAGAACUCAGCCGCAAGCUCAGCGUAAAAGGGACCCCUAGCAACAACAACAGCAGCUGCAACGGAGCCAGCGAGAGCAGCAUCUUAAAGACAAGGACCCAGUGUCCCAAAAACAAUUACGGGUCAGAACCAGGCCCAGCUCCUCCCAGGUUGUCCCCAAGGGGUGGGCAGGGGGCGGUGGCUAGCCAUAAUGUGAUCUCGAGGUAUCACCUGGACAGCAGUGUGUCGACGCAACAAAGCUACAGCAAGAAGAAGAGCAGCGGGACCUCCAAGUCGGCUAGCAAGGGGGGCUACCUCAGUGACGGGGACUCCCCAGAACUGGUGACCAAGUCUGGGAAGCACGGGUCCUCAGAGGCCAAGGGAGGCAAUGGGAAGGAGAAAGACCCAGCCACUGGAGGAGGAGAGAAAACAGGAGCUGGAGGAGUAACCGGAGGAAGUGGCAGCCCCAGGCUGAACGGCACAGAACUAGACAUUGACGCGUUCCGCCACUACGCCUUCACAGAACAGCCUAAGUGCACCCAGUACAUCUCGGGCCUGAUGAGCCUGCACUUCUACGGCGCUGAGGACCUCAAGCCACCACGCUUCGACUCCCGAGACGUCUACUGUGCCAUCCAGGUGGACUCGGUCAACAAGGCGCGCACUGCCCUGCUCACCUGUCGGACCACCUUCCUAGACAUGGACCACACCUUCAACAUUGAGCUGGAGAACGCCCAGCACCUGAAACUAGUGGUGUUCAGCUGGGACCCCACACCCAAGAAGAACCGGGUGUGCUGUUACGGCACAGUGGUGUUACCGGCACUCUUCAGGGUGACCAGAAGUCAUCAGCUGGCGGUGAAGCUGGAGCCUCGAGGCCUGAUCUACGUGAAGCUGAACCUGAUGGAGCAGUGGCAGAACUCCCUGGAUGGAGGCUAUAAUGGGGACCGGGAGCCACAGAUGUUUGGGGUGGAGGCCUGGAGGGUGGUUGUGAGGGAAAACACAGGACUCAUGCUGCCCCUGCUCAUCGAGAAGUGCAUCACGGAGAUCGAGACGAGAGGCUGCCAGGUUGUGGGCCUCUACCGUCUGUGUGGCUCAGCAGCAGUAAAGAAGGAGCUGCGGGAGGCCUUUGAGAGGGACAGCCUAGGAGUGGAGCUCUGUGAAAACACCUACCCUGACAUCAACGUCAUCACGGGUGUACUGAAGGACUACCUGCGUGAGUUGCCCUACCCCCUUAUCACUAAGCACUUGUAUGAGACUGUGUUGGACUCUAUGGCUCAGAGACCUCUGCGUAUCGGAGCAGGAAGAUGUGAAAAUGACCCGGCAGACACAGAACACACCGUCAGUCUCCUGGAGAACCUGCCAGAGGUGGAGAGGUUGACCCUGCGGAGACUGCUGGACCAUCUCAAGCUGGUGGCGUCAUACCAUGAGGUCAACAAGAUGACGUGUCAGAACCUGGCGGUAUGCUUCGGCCCUGUGCUGCUCAGCCAACGCCAGGAGGCCAGCUGUCAUAGCAACCGGGUCUUCAUCGACUCGGAGGAGCUGGCCAGCGCCCUACACUUCAAGAAACAUAUUGAAGUGCUACACUACCUGCUGCAGCUAUGGCCAGUGAUGGACCCACGUGACAAGACCUCGUCCCCCAUCCCAGGGCCCCCCGGCCCAGCCGACCAGCUGGCCGUUCCCCCCCUGCGUCGGAGGAAGGAGCGCCCCCAGGUGCUGACCUUGAGCGAUGCAGAGAUGGCCGGGGUGCUGCGGCCCAGGCCGGGCCGUCUGGACAGCCCUAGCAACCGUUACGCCGGGGACUGGAGCCGCUGUGGACAGAGCUACUUCCCCCCUCCUCGGUCCCGGGAGGAAAAUGACUAUGCCGAUGUUCCUUCUGAGGAUAUGGAGGUCACUGAAGAGGAACUAGAGGACAAGGGACAGGAAGGAGGAGAGGAGCAGAGACAGGAAUGGUUACUGGACAGGGGACAGGCAGAGUCAGCCACAGCCGAACAGGAGCCCCCGUUACCCGAGGAGGUGAUGGAAGGACCUGUAGAAGUGGAGAAAGAGGAGAGGGAAGCAGAGAGGAGAGUGGAGGAGCGUGAUGGCUCCAGUGGUGGUCAGCCGUCAGACAACAGGGUGUGUGAUGAUGAUGAUGAUGAUGAUGAUAAGCGCAUCCUGCCCCUCCACCUCCCCAAAGAGCACACGUACCAGGCCUACAUGAAGAUCCAGGACAUCAGCCCCGUGCUCAGCAACAAGGUCAACCUGCGAGACCUGCAGGAGAGCAUCGACACGCUUAUAGGCAACCUGGAGAGAGAACUCAACAAGAACAAGCUCAACGUCGGCUACUGACUCAACACACAUACAGCUCAACAGGCUACUGACUCAAAUGCGUGCCCCCAAUGGGGGGGGCGGGGGGCUUAACUAUUCUAGGAGCUCAAGACUUGAGUUGUUGGGGUUCAGAAAUUGGGCCCCAGGGUUGCCGUGGUGAAUCCAUGACGACACAGUGGCAUGUGCACCAACAGUAUUGUGUGUUCCUGCAGAACUCUGGUGUGUGAUUGGCUGGACACCUCAUUUAGCACCUACCCGCAAUACAUUCCGUGAUGUUUUAUUAAUGUUUUGUUUUUGUUGACUAUGUUCCUGUCCGGUUGUUGCCUCUCUUCUUAUUAGAAGAACCCAUUGACCCCCAGGGGUGUAAACAGUGCCUUAAUUGUGUGAAGGUUGGACUUUAAGGCAGGGGACAGCUUUUCUAUUGAGGUACGAUUAUGAUGUACAACAAUGCACUUGUGAGGCAGGCUUUAUUGUAUAGAAGAUGCCGUUUAGGUACAGUAUAUGGUACACGCAGUAUGGCUGGCUAUGGACUGGGAGGAAAGCUACCCGCUAGCGGCUAGCCCACUGAACCCCCCUCCUCCUGGGGCACGAGGACAAUGCUGCUGGGCUCUGUCGAAUGGGCAGAUGGGGCCUGGGAUAGAUCCACAGACCCUAUCAUGUACAAAGUCACAGACAUAGCUGCUUGACUACGAUGGACAUACACAUAUAAAUGAGGAAAUACGGGUGAUAAGUGUCUCUCUACUUGCUAGAACAUGCAGAGUAGCUAAUCUGAAGCAAAUUAAAAGAGGGAUAGAAAAAUGAUUUAAUGUAUUUGAAAAAAAUAAGUGAAUAUGAUGACAUUGCUGUCUGUUUUUCUUUCAUUACCUUCUCCCCAACCUCCUACGUGAUCUAGAAACAGACAGUGAUCACUUGCGGGUUUAAAGAGCAAAAGCCAAAUAUAGUAAACUUAUGUACGGUACGUACUGCCUGAAGAACAGCAGUUCCCAUGUUUCACAGAAACAGUUAGUUUGAAAAGGGCUACAGCGAGGGCUAUAGGAGUCCCCUUCCUAAAUACAUAGAAGCAAAUUUUCAGCAAUCCAGGGAUUCAGAACGACCAGUAUUUAACAAAUGUAUACAUCAAUGUUUAGUAUAUUAUUUUUUACAGCUAAUAUAUAUUUCCAUACAGGCAUAUUUAAAUGCUCUCCAUUACCUUGUAUGUAUCUAUAGAUAGUAACCGUCUCAGACUAUAUGUAGUGUUGCUUUGUUUCCCCCCCCCCCCCAUGCUAUCUGUACACUACUUAAACGUGCUGGACUAAUGGUACAAUUUAAGCUGUAAAAUAAAUUAGAUAGCAAUAUCUCUUAUCCUGCAAGAACAUAUUUCUAUUUUUUAUUGUACAUAUUUGCCAUCUGUUUUUGUUCGCAGGUUAGUCUGAGCUGUGUAUAUAUGUGUUUUAAAAAGGUACUGGUGGGGAUUGUUGCAUGGUCAAUAGCUUUAUUACUGACAUAAACAUGUAUAUUUCCCAUCUCCCGAGAUUACCAUAAAUGUGUACAUACAGAGAUGAUUUAAAAUGUGUUCCUAUGCCACUUUGUCAUCCAUUUGGCAGCUGCUCACGCACACAGCCUAACAAGGUUGUUCAAACUGACAUUAAAUUGAAAUAAUAAAACAAAGGAAAAUCAUUCAGUUAGCUAAUCCCUGAGGCUAUGGCAGUGCAGUCGUUUCUGAUGGGGAAAUUAUCCAGUGUCAAGCUGUGGUUGUGUCCGAAAUGACACCAUAUUCCCUACAUAGUGCACUACUUUUGAACAAAGCCCUAUAAGCCAUUACAUAAGUAUGUUUUUCUGGUUGAAAUUCUGGUCUGGCACUGGUUCCUUACCUCUAGGCAUGGAUGGCGUCUGGACUGGAGGUUCAGUUUGAAAGGUUCAGCAGGGUGCAACAGCUGUUUAUCACUCACAGGAAAGACACUCACAGGCGACUAAGCUAGUCAAGCAUCAUCAUCUGUCUCUUUUUCACGCUAUGAACUGCCUUUUCUUCUUUGUACUGAUCUUGAUAAAUGUAUGGUCAUAUUAAAUUAUAUAUUUCACGUGUC